AAUUCGAAUCGACUCGGUUUUGAUUGGCCAUUGCGAACCGUACGACACAAAGGUUUCAAGGUAUGCUCAGUGAUGAGCCGCGAUACUCAGACUCAGAUUCAAACUCAAACUCAAACUCAAACUCGGAAAACAGAUGUUCUCCAACUAAUCGAUGAAACGGAAGAAUCCUUGUUUAGGACAGGCAAGUUUGGCAGGUUUGGAGGCAUCUUCGUGCCUGAAACACUAGUCACUUGUCUCAAGGUGCUGCUGUCUGAGUUCAAUCUUUGCAUGCAUGAUCCCCACUUUCAGGGCGAGCUUUCGACUGCACUGAGAGAUUACGUUGGCCGUGAAACUCCACUCUACUUCGCUGAAAGACUCACCGAUCAUUACAAGAACGGCCGGGGCGAAGGCCCCGACAUUUACCUGAAGAGAGAAGAUCUCAGCCACGGUGGAGCGCACAAAAUCAACAACGCCCUCGCUCAGGCCAUGCUCGCCAAGCGCAUGGGCCGGCGGAGCGUGGUGGCAGCCACCGGUGCCGGCCAGCAUGGCGUCGCCACGGCUGCUGCCUGCGCCAAGCUCGCCAUGGAGUGUACCAUAAUCAUGGGCCACCUGGAUAUGGAGAGACAGUCCUCCAACGUGCUCUUGAUGAAGAAUUUUGGCGCAGAGGUGAAAUCAGUUCGAGGCACGUUCAAGGAUGCGGCGUCGGAGGCGAUACGCGAGUGGGUGGGGGAUUUGGAGAGGAAGUACUACUUAGCCGGGACAGCAGUGGGGCCACACCCGUGCCCGGCCAUGGUGCGGGAGUUCCAGUCGAUCAUCGGAAAAGAGACGAGGAGACAAGCGGUGGAGAAGUGGGGAGGGGAGCCUGAUGUUUUGGUGGCUUGUGUGGGAAGUGGUUCCAACGCUCUCGGAAUGUUUCACGAGUUUGUGAGAGACAAGGACAUCCGGUUGAUUGGAGUCGAGGCGGCCGGGACCGGAAUAGAUGGAGAAACACACUCUGCUACUCUAGCUAAAGGAGAGAUAGGGGUGUACCAUGGGGCCAUGACCUUAUUGCUGCAAGAUCAUGAAGGCCAGAUUCUUGGCCCUCGUUCUGUUGGUGUUGGGCUAGAAUAUCCUGGAGUCAGCCCAGAGCUAAGCUUCCUGAGAGAGAUUGGUCGUGCAGAGUUUCACACAGCUACUGAUGAAGAAGCUCUAGAUGCGUAUGCACUGUUGUGCCGGUUAGAAGGUAUAUGCCCAGCGCUGGAGGCAGCACACGCACUGGCACAUCUAGGAAAACUAUGCCCGACCUUGCCUGAUGGCGCCAAGGUGGUAGUUAACUGCAGCGGCCGUGGCGAUAAGGAUAUAGAGACGGUGUUUAAGUAUCAACAGCUCAAAAGUGCGCAAGUUUCUGAUGGGAACAACCAUCCUAAACCACUUCAAAUGUAGUAAAUACAUAACUGCCAGUUUAACAGAUUAAAGUUGAACGUGUGAUCA